AUGGCUUUCAACUUUGGAGCAUCGAACCCCGCCGGGGGUAGUGCUCCCCCCGAGCUGGGGCCCGAGCUUCCCGAGGGUACUGCUGAGGACAUUGGCUUCAAAGGCGUUGAGGGCGAUUCCAACGUCCGAAUCCUUGCCACCCCAUGGCCCGAAAACGCUCUCCCAGCCCCGACAUGUUCGCUCCUGGCCGUUGCGCCAACCAAAGGCAUAAUUGUUGCUGCUGGACCCAACGCCCUCUCCGUCGCAUCUUCUGACGCCGUCAGAGCUGCUAUGUCCGAACCCACAGAAGGAAAGGUGGUCAAAACCAAGCCUUUCCAGCCGCAAGCGACCAUCCCCCUUCCUGCACGUCCCACACAUGUCACCUUUGCCUCAAACGAUACCGCCCUUCUGCUGGCCACGGAGAAUGGCGCACAACUGUCAGUGUUCGACACCUCGAGCUUAAUGUCGGGGAAUGCACAGCCAGCGUUGUCGAUCCCUACCAAUGGAACCACGUUUCGCACCAUUGCGGCCAACCCGGCGCCGGAACUCUCGUCCCUUGUUGCGCUGGUGACGACGGGCGGUGAUCUUCUGGUAGCGGACUUGAAAGCGGGCAACUUAGUCUCGGGCCCGAACGGUCAAGUGCUGAAGAGCGGAGUCAGCUCGGUCUGUUGGAGCAACAAGGGUAAACAGCUUGUGGCCGGGCUUGCAGAUUGCACGGGCUUUCAGAUGACCCCGGAUGGCACGCAAAAGGAUGUGAUCCCACGCCCCCCUGAUCUUGAGGGUGAUUGUCACGUUUCCUCCAUUGCUUGGUUGGAAAACGACAUAUUUCUUGUGGUAUACACGCCGAACGCAUUAGAGGAUGACAUGGGCCAGAACCCUCCUUCGUCCUAUUAUAUCAUCACACGACGGAAACAAGCGCCUUUCUUGAUUCAGAAGUUGCCUGAGUUGUGCAUGCCCUUUGGGGUCAAGCGCACCCCGGCCUUUCAGUUCAUCGCACGCUUGCGUGACUACAAGCCUCACUUGAAGGAUGUCCUCAUUGUGUCUUCAACGGCCUCCACCGAUGUGGGCCUAAUCACCAGAGCAGACCAGCCAUUGGUAAAGAUGGACAUGGACACUACUGGACUCUUUGUCACGACUGAAGUGUCAGAUGACACAAAAAGAGCGAAUGUGCCACUAGUGGCAUCUACCGAUGAGACUUCAGUUAUCGGUUUGGGUAUCGAUCUCUCUAGCAAGGAAGUUGUCGUUGCUCCGAUUGCAGGCGAAGACAUCGCUGAGAGCUCCACUCCGUUGCCGAAUGUGUUGCUACUCAACAACGAGGGUAUUCUUUGCUCUUGGUGGUUCUUGUAUUCGGACGCAAUUCGACAGAAGGUCCUCUACCAGGGUAUGGCGGAUCAGACGCAAGCGCCAGCUCAGCCAACGCCGCCAGCUUCUCAGUCAGGUUUUGGUGGCUCACCGGCUCUAGGAUCAUCUGCGUUUGGCAGUUCCGCUGCCCCGGGUUUUGGGAGUCCAUCUGCUCAAGCCGCCCCUCAACAGUCCUCUUUCGGUGCGCCAUCAUUCGCAUCACCGUCGCAGCCCGGGCCUUCCUUUGGCACGAAUAGCCUGCUCGGAGGUAAUAAGCCCCAGGGUGGUCUCGCCGCAUUGGCAAAGAACGAGCCUGGGUUUGGACAAUCCGGCUUUGCCUCACUGGGAGGAGGGUCUGGAUCUUUUGGGCAACCAUCUACGCCUGGAAAGGGACUUAGCUCGCUUGGAUUUGCACAAUCAGGUUCUAGCUCCGGAGGUGGCUUCGGAGCGUUUGCCAACAAAGGUGGCACAGGUGGAUUCAGUGCUUUCGCGUCGGCAAAGCCAGCAGGCGGAUCGCCAUUUGCGCAAACCUCCACUACGCAAACGUCCACUGUAAGUCCGUUCGCCAAGAUUUCCGGCACUUCGACCUUUGGCCCAUCGACGUUUGGCGCACAAACUAGCACGGAGUCCUCAUUUACCGCUGAGAAGACGAUCGGGUCGACGGGUACUUUCGGGCAGAGCUCUACUUCUUUCGUGCUUGGAUCAACAUUCAAGCCUGAUGGUAGUGCUGCAAAUGAUCUUCCGAAACCAGAUAAGCCUUCUGGAUUGUUCGGCUUCAAUGAGUCAAUGGAUGACAUGAUGUCUUCCAGCAACAAGACCAGCCCGCCAACUGAGGAGAUGGACGACAUGGAAGACGAGAGCGCCACUUCGCAGCAGAAAUUUGAGCCCAAGGAGGCUACGCCAUCGUUGUUUGGAGCACUGUCGGCGACCCCAACCUCCGCACCGAAAUCGUUGUUUGGCGCACCUUCUGCACCCACAUCGACCUUUGGUUCUCAGAAGCCGAUCUCGAAUCCCUUCGGUCAACAAGCUAGCAAGCCUGGAUUCUCACUGUUCGGUAAUACAACUCCUGCCAAGUCACCGUUAUCUUCCUUUUCUACACCACCCGCAGACACCCACACUCCAUCGAAAGAGGAUGAUGCCCGGACGCCUAGUGCUACACCACAGGGCGCACCCCUACCGCCAGACCCUAUCAGCAAGGCAUCAUAUGGACCCGGUGAUACGUCUGCCUCAUCGAACGUCUCCAAGAGCUCUGUCGAUGACGCGCCUCUACCACCCGAUUUCACCUCAAGCAAGCCCGCUGUUAAGGGACCUGCAGAAGACGCACCCUUACCGCCAGACUUCACUUUCAAGAAUGGAAAGAAGACAGACGAUGAAGAAGAGGCAGAACCCGAAGAGGCUCCAUUGCCUCCGGACUUCAGCAUCCCCAAGCCACGUAAAGAAUCCGAAGACGUUGCACCAGUCCCAGACGAAUCCGAUGGGGAUGAUUACGAAGGCGAGGAAGACGUAUCUGAAGAAGGCGAGAGCGAGGAAGGGGAAGAGUCGGACUUCGCAGACAGUGGAGAGGACAUCACCCACGAUAUCAGCCAGUCUGAGUCCAAUGAGCCAAGUCCUAAGGCAUUUCCUGGACCUUUCAAGCCCAGCGCGAAGCUCGCAGGCGGCCUGUUCUCCCCUGCUUCCAAGCCUGCCCCAGCACCGCAACCACAGCCUUCAAGGCCAUUGUUCGGUGAUAGGAGCAAUCCGAGAUUCCCUGCACUCCAGAACCGAGAGCUUCCGAGAUCGCCCAGUCCAGUACGAGGAGCCGCGUCGAAGAGCCUCUUCAAGGGUGAUGGAAAGAAAACUUUCGGCGCCCCUCAAAGUCCGGGCAGCGCUCUCACUGCAAGGAAAGCCUCUCUUUCUGAACACCAAAGACGCGAGAGUCAACUGAAGCCGAAGCCUUCCCGGAGGGAACCCUCGCAACAGGAGAUUCGCGCGAGACAGUUAGAGGAGGAAGCGCAGGCUCUUUCCGACGACGAUGAGGAUGAGAGACUCCGUGCGGAUCUUGCACUGCCUCUGGAACCUGUUCCUACCCUUGAUCCUUUCUUGCCUCAUCAAGACUAUGCUGGGGAGACGAGUAAACCUGGUAUUCCGGGUCAAAUCGAACGGCUGUACCGUGAUAUUAACUCUAUGGUGGACACCUUGGGCAUUAAUGUUCGUUCGUUGUCUUCCUUCCUUCUCUACCAAAAGACGUCCAGAGAUUCUCAAUGGGUCGACACGCUGAAGGAGGACAAUGCCAGCGACAUUCUGGACAAAGAACUGGUUCUGUCUGAGAUUGAGAAGUUUGAUGACGCUGUUGUCAUGCUUGCUGCUUCUCUUGAACAGCAGCGCGUGCAGGGUGUGGAAGAGAAGCUCGAGAGUUGUCGGGAGCUUUUGAGUAAAGACAUUAUUACUCUUCGGGGUCAGUGUGCCAGCAUCCGCAAGACGCUUGAUGCUCACACCGACACGACCACAAUGCACUUCGCACCUCUUUCCGCGGAGCACGCCAAUCUGCAGCAAGACCUGCGGUCGGCAUCCACCGAAAUCCAGGCGAAGCUAGCCGAUCUAGAAUCUGCCGCGACUCUUCUCCGCGCCAAAAUUGCUGACGUUCCCCUUUCGGGUGGCUCUCGCCAUGCGACAAGACGCCCCACCGUUGAGGCUGUUACCACUACGAUCCAAAAGAUGAUGGAGAUGGCCGAGACUAAGCGCACCGAUAUCGAUGUCUUGGAGGCUCAGCUCAAGAGAUUGGGAAUCGACACAACCGCUCCCGCGGCCAGCCGGGAAGGGUCCCCAUUCGCGACGCCGAGGAAGAGCACCGGCCGAUUUCCCACUACGCCGGGGUCCCGUGGGUCAGUUGACGGGCCAUACCACACUCCCGACUCGGCUAGCCGAGCCAUCAACUUCCGAUCCAGCAUCAACGGGUCAGCCAGGGCUAGUCGGCUCCGCAACGUGGAGGCAGUCCAGGACCUGGUCAGCUCAGAAGAAACGGCGCAAUGGAAGGCCAAGGUGCAACGCAAACAGCAUAUUGUCGAGAGUCUGAGGAGCGCCAUUGGGGCGAAGAAGUCUCGAGUCCGGACGGUGAAUGAUUUGUAAAACUAGUGUUUAUGUUUUCCUUUCUUUUGUCAUGGGACAAUCUUGCUGAUGGCUACUUACUAUGAAAGUCAUGUCGGAAAAAAACAGCGGGUCUUUUCUGGCGGGGUUUGAUUUUUCUUUUGUUUUGGUUUUCUGUUCUGCACAGGCAGAUGUGAAUCUUAGGUAGCGCGUCCCAUCCGUCUCCACUGUACAUAGGUCUCGAUUGUAAUGCUUGCACGUGCUUUUACGAGAAAUGCGUUCAUCCAGGUACUGA